CAGAGUGGGACGCUCACGUAUUAGCAGCACAUGUGUCAGUUUUCCUGACAUGUGAGGAACUGCAGCUGCUCCUCAUGGAGUCCAACACUAACUGCAGCGCCUCACUCCCGGAGUGCUAUGAGUCGUCUGGUGCUCUUGCUGUCAUCAUCAUCCCCUCUAUGCUGGCUCUGAGCACAGUUGUAGUGAUGCUUGUGAUUUUUUGUAGUCUUUAUAAGACUAAGCACAGAGAACAAAGGACUUCAGCUCCAUUUAUAAGUGCGUCUGUGAGCGGUGCAAGGAUUUAUCCAGCUUUGCUUUCAUGGGAACUUCCUGAAGAGCAGUCACUCGACGGACUAGAAUUAUGGCACACUGGUCACUAUGGUCCCGUUUGUAAAGGUUUGCUGCGGAACAGAGACGGGAGCUCUUCUCUUGUGGUGGUGAAAUCACUUCGAGACAACCCGGACCAGUCUGAGACGGCAGAGUUUGUAGAGUGGCUCCUGUUCCAUGCCAAAGUGUGUAAACACGAGAAUGUGGUGCAGAUGUUGUACUGUCAGACCAGGGGGUCGCCCCUAUACCUGGUCUUAGAGGCCUGCAAUCCAGGGAACCUUCUCCACUUCCUCUGGACACUCAGAAACAGUUCCAGCCCUGCAGAUCCCCUGCAGCGCUUCUCUGAGAGGUCAGUGUUUCUGGUGGCCAAGCAGGUUGCAGCCGGCCUGGAUUACCUGAUGUCAGAACACAGGCUGGUGCACGGCGACGUUGCUGCCAGGAACAUCUUAAUUGGCCCGGACUUCUCAGCGCGGGUGGCUGGGCUGGGCGUAGCGUUUGAAGGACGCAGAACCGAUUUAACGACGAGGCAGAGGGCGGCAGAGGUGCCGCUCAAAUGGCAGGCCCCGGAGAGGGUUGUGAUGCAGCUCUGUAUCGACAGGAGCGAUGUGUGGUCAUUUGGAAUCUUACUGUAUGAGUUGAUAACCUUAGGCUCUCCACCAUAUCCGGAUCUGGAGCCUCCGUCAGUGCUUCCAAAGCUGCUGGCGUCUUACCGAAUGAAGAGACCAAAGCACUGUGGGAGCUCUUUGUAUGAUCUGAUGAAGUACUGCUGGAUGUGGAGUUUCAAAGACCGCCCGGCGUUUUCAGCCAUCAUUAAGCUGCUGACGUCCUCACUGCACCUUGCUGCUACUGAACAUAUUUGUAUUCCUGAUAUUGUAAACGUAUCUGAGUACAACAGAGACGCCGGGCUGCUGUUGUAGAUUCAUCCAGUAACCAGGCUCUAAAAAGCAUGUGAAUAUAAAUAAAGAGCAGUUUUCUCAGAAUGUUGUUGUAUGAUCUGUGAUUGCCAAUGGACAGAGGUGUCAAGUAACUAAGUACAAAUACUUCGUUACCUUACUUAAGUAGAAAUUUUGGUAAUCUAUACUUCACUGGAGUAAUUAUUUUUCAGACGACUUUUUACUUUUACUCCUUACAUUUUCACGCAAUUAUCUGUACUUUUUACUCCUUACAUUUUAAAAACAGCCUCGUUACUCUAUUUCAUUUCGGCCUUAAAAAAAAAACUAUCCAGUUAAAUUGCUCCAUCCGGAUAGAGUGAAUUUGGUUGUGGUUGUUUCAGAUGUUCUUGUCCAGUUUUGU